AUGAGGUUCAUUGCUGAGGCGGGGGAGGGGUCUUCCCCAGGUAGUGGAGGAGCAGGGAUCUGCCCUGCAGACACCCUCUGGGGUGCCUUUCAGGUCCUGGAGAGCCUGGGAGUGCUUACCCAGCAACCAUCAUGCAAGGUGGUGCUGGCAAUCAGCCUGCUGCUGGGGGCUGGAGGCCUCUACCUCUGGUUCCAGUGGAAAAAGAAGUCCAUCAAGAGCCGAAAGGAUUGUAGUAAAGAAUCCGUAGAGUCCACUGUCAUAGAGAGUAAGAGUGAUCCCUGGAUCAAAUCCCACUUCAGCCGCCUUUCAGAUGAAAAGUUAUGUGCCCUGAUGCAAGAAGGUGGAAGUGGGGAGGUCAUUUCUGCCAGUACCAAUGUGCAAGUGGAAACCUGUACCUCAAGGCUUAAAGAAGGGAGAAAUGUUGAUAUCCACAAGGAAUCUUAUAUCAGCAGGCAGAGGACAUCAGGAAGCAAAGUGUUCAAGGAGUCCCACAGAGACUCUGCCAAGUCGAGCUCAGCGGACGAGUCAACAUGGGCAUCAACGGCUGCGUGUGUGCGGGAAAUCGACAUCACGGGUAGGCACCUGGCGGAUUCCAUGCUUCAGCGGGCCAUGGACUGCCAGAACCCUGGUCAUUGGGAAACCAAAGACGUUAAUAAGGAGGAACUCAAGGCCCUGGAGGAAGUAGAGAUGAAAGUCAUAGGGAAUUUCCUCAACCAUCGGGAAAACAAUGUAGCCGGCUCAAGCAGUGGCUACCGCUGCCAUGGCCAUCACAUACCCCAUGCUUACUUUGAAGUUACCUAA